UAGGAGACCUCCCUUCAAACUUGUUAUAAUUUGAAUUUGAUAUAUAGCCAUGGAAGAACAAAGCUUUCAACAACGGGAGAGGCUAGUAGAGGAAAUAACAGGAUACAAAUUUAAGAAUCCCGACUUGUUACAUCAAGCUUUCACUCAUCCUUCUGUCCCACAAAAUUGGGCAUCUAAUGACAGAAUGGAGUAUUUAGGUGAUUCAGUUCUGAGUCUGAUGAUAGCAAAAAAACAUUAUUUUGCUUAUCCUGAUUUAUCUUCGAAGGAUCUCACAGAUUUGAGAAGUAACAAUGUAGAUACUGAAAAACUUGCUAGAGUCGGCAUCAAAUACAAUUUGCACAAUCAUUUACGUUGUCAAAUUCCACCAUUGAAUGAACAAGUGGAAGAAUUCAGAAGUGCUACGUUGGAGUACCCAUUGCAUUCAUAUGGUUGCAUUAAUCCCCCUAAAGUUCUUGCAGAUAUAGUUGAAGCCUUAAUUGCCGCAAUAUAUAUCGACUGUAAUUUCUCCAUUGAUAUAACUUGGCAGGCGGUAAAAGAUAUGUUGCAGCCACUAAUAACUCCAGAAACACUUGAAAUUCAACCAGUUACGAAAAUUAUGCAGCUAUGUCAAAAGAAUAAAUUGGAGAUAAACAUUGUUGAUAAUUGGGAAGAAACAAGGGAAUUUGAAUGUUUUGUCGAUGGAAAAUCUGUUGCAAAGGGAAAAUCUAGUCAAAAUAAAGACACUGCAAGGAAUAGGGCGGCAUACAAUGCAUAUGAACAAGUUAUCGAAAAUUUGCGUAUGAAAACUACAGUUAAAGAUCACUGAUCUUUUGAUGUCCAUGAAUUUUUCCUCAAAAAAUUCUAUCGACAAAUCAAAUUUCGAUAGCUUAUCUAGUAUUUCAUAUCUUAUUAGUUGUACUAAUGAAAUAUUGUAUCAAUUAAUGAAAAAUGUCACAAUUGGAUAAAAUAUUGUUGCUUAGGGAGUACAUUUUUGU